GCUGGAAUCCGCAACUUCGCACCAGUGUUACCGGAUUUCAACAGAUAAGUCGCACUGGACUAAUACAGCGCAAUGAAUACUGUGGCUGUUCUGCUGAUACUGGCCGUUCCGAUCUAUGCUGACAGUUUGGAAGGACCAACAGUUGGCUGUACCUUCGAUGAUGCCUCUGACCUGGACCGGGACCAGUGCAAACAAGGCAAGGAGGACGACUUUGAUUGGCAGCUGAUUCGGACCUACAGCUGGCCAUAUACCACCCCUGACCUACUGCGCGGGUCCUUCAUGAUGGUGAACUCCUCCCAGCAUGCCGCGGGGCAGCGCGCCCACCUCCUGCUGCGGCCGCUGAGUGAGAACGACACCCACUGCAUCCAGUUCAGCUACUUCCUGUACAGCCGGGACGGGCACAGCCCCGGGACGCUGCAGGUGUAUGUGCGCGUCAACGGCGGGCCCCUGGGAAGCCCCGUCUGGAACGUCUCCGGGUCCCAUGGCCGGCAGUGGCACCAAGUGGAGCUGGCCAUCAGCACUUUCUGGCCCAACGACUAUCAGGUCCUGUUUGAAGCCACUGUCUCCAAGGAGCGGCGCGGCUACUUCGGCUUAGACGACAUCCUGCUGCUCAACUAUCCCUGCUACAAGGUUCCCCACUUCUCUCGUCUUGGGGAGGUGGAGGUCAACGUCGGGCAGAACGCCACCUUCCAGUGUGUGGCCUCGGGGCGGUCUAUUGAGAUGGAGCGGUUCAUGCUGGAGCGGCACAGCGGGGUCGUGACCCCUGCCUUCUCGGUGAAGCGGCUGAGUCACCGGCGCCUGGUUGCCACCAUCCAGCUGGACAUGGUGCAGCGCGGCGGGAAGGACCUCUACCGCUGCGUCAGCCCGUCACCCCGUGGAGCCGCCGUCUCGAACUUCGCCGAGCUCAUCGUCAGAGUUCCCCCCUCCCCCAUUGCCCCGCCCCAGCUCCUGCGAGCGGGCCCCACCUACCUCAUCCUCCAGCUCAACACCAACUCCAUUGUGGGAGACGGCCCCGUGAUCCGCCGGGAGAUCGAGUACCGCGCCAGCCAGUCGCCCUGGUCUGAGGUGCACGGCGUCAACGCGCUCACCUACAAGGUGUGGCACCUGGACCCGGACACCGAGUACCACAUCAGCGUGCUGCUGACCCGGCCCGGCGACGGAGGCACCGGCCCUCCCGGACCUCCUCUCGUGAGCAGGACCAAGUGUGCAGAGCCAAUGAGGGCACUGCGUGGCCUGACUGCUACAGAAAUCCAGUCACGGCAGCUGACCCUGCAGUGGGAGGCACUCGGCUACAACCUGACCCGCUGCCACACCUACACCGUGUCCCUGUGCUACAGCUACUCCACAGCAGGGGGCAGCAGCGGGCACAACACCACUGUCAGAGAGUGCCUGGGCGUGGAGCACAACGCUUCCCACUUUACCCUGCUCGAUUUGCCGCCCUUCCACGCCAUCCACGUUCGCCUGGCCCUCGCCAACCCCGAGGGCAGGAAGGAGGGUCGAGAGGUCACCUUUCAAACGGAGGAGGAUGUUCCUGGUGUCAUAGCUGCUGACUCAUUGACCUUCACUCCUCUGGAUGACAUGAUCUUCCUCAAGUGGGAGGAGCCCCUGGAGCCCAAUGGGCUCAUCAUCCAAUAUGAGAUCAGCUACCAGACCAUCGAGUCCUCAGACCCAGCCGUCAACGUGCCAGGCCCGCGUCGCACCGUAGCCAAGCAACGCAACGAGACCUACCACAUGUUCUCCAACCUCCAGCCUGGCACCACCUACCUGGUCUCCGUGCGCGCCCGCACCUCCAAGGGCUUUGGCCUGACCGCCCUCACGGAGUUCACAACCAACAUCUCUGCUCCCAUAUUUGACUAUGGUGAAACACCUUCAGUGCUGAGCGAAUCAGAGAGCACGAUCACCAUCCUGCUCCGCCCAGCGCAGGGCAGGGGUGCCCCUGUCAGUGCGUAUCAGGUGGUGGUGGAGGACGAGGAGGGCUCCGGCAGGGUGAGGAGGGAGCUGGACUCACCCGAAUGCUUCCCCGUGUCUACCUCCCACGGUGAGGCCCUGGCCAAGGGAACCCCGCACUACUACACGGCCGAGCUGACGCCCAGCAGCCUCCCCGAGGCCGCGCCCUUCACUGUGGGCGACAACCACACCUACAACGGCUACUGGAACACGCCCCUGGACCCCAGCCACAGCUACGUCAUCUACUUCCAGGCCAUGAGCAGCUUCAAAGGGGAAACACGGAUCAACUGCGUUCGUUUAGCCAGGAAAGCUGCCUGCAGGGACCACAAGCGUGCCCUGGAGGUGUCCCAGCACUCUGAAGAGGUGGGGCUGAUCCUGGGGGCUUGUGCAGGCGGGUUGGUGGUCCUAAUCUUGCUGCUGGGGGCCAUCAUAAUCGUUGUCAAGAAGGGAAGGGAUUUCCACUCAUACUCGUACUACCCCAGGAAGCCCGUGAAUAUCAACAGAAGUCCCAUGGCGUACCGUCAGGAGAAGAGUCACGCGGCCGGGCGGGGCCUGACGGAUCAGGGCGUGCAGCAGGAGGACGAGCGCAUGCCGCGGUCCUUCAUGGCCGCCCGCAUUGGCGGCACACACAAUGAGCAGCGCAGCUCCGUGAACGAGUCCAGCAGCCUCCUCGGAGGCUCUCCCCGCCGGCCCUGUGGGCGGAAGGGCUCCCCCUACCACACAGGGCAGCUGCACCCAGCGGUGCGUGUGGCCGACCUCCUCCAGCACAUCAACCAGAUGAAGACGGCCGAGGGCUACGGGUUCAAGCAGGAGUACGAGAGCUUCUUCGAUGGUUGGGAUGUUACCAAAAAGAAGGACAAGUCCAAAGGAAGGAACAGUGGACUGCUUGGUUGCGAUCGCCACCGGGUCAAGCUGAACUCCCUACUUGGCAACCCCACCUCCGACCACGUUAAUGCCAACUACAUCGAUAUUCGGAUAAACAGGGAAGGCUACCAACGCUCCAAUCACUACAUUGCUACUCAGGGGCCCAAGCAGGAGAUGAUCUAUGACUUCUGGAGGAUGGUCUGGCAGGAGAACUGCUACAGCAUCGUCAUGAUCACUAAGCUGGUGGAGGUGGGCAGGGUGAAGUGCUGCAAGUAUUGGCCAGAGGACAGUGAGAUGUAUGGAGACAUUAAGAUAACCCUGCUGAAGACAGAGAACCUGGCAGAGUACAGCGUGCGCACCUUCGCCAUGGAGCGGAGGGGUUAUGCUGCCAAGCAUGAGGUGCGCCAGUUCCAUUUCACGUCCUGGCCGGAGCACGGAGUACCCAGCCACGCCACGGGCCUACUGGCCUUCCUCCGGCGAGUCAAACUCUCCACGCCCCCUGACGCCGGCCCUGUGGUGGUCCACUGCAGUGCGGGCGCAGGCAGGACGGGCUGCUACAUCGUGCUGGACGUGAUGCUAGACAUGGCGGAGUGUGAGGGCGUGGUGGACAUCUACAACUGCGUCAAGACCCUCUGCUCCUGCCGCAUCAACAUGAUCCAGACCGAGGAACAGUAUGUGUUCAUUCACGACGCCGUUCUGGAGGCGUGCCUGUGUGGAGACACCUCUGUCCCGCUGUCUGAGUUCAGCCUCAUGUACAAAGAGAUGCUGAUGGUGGAGCCACAGAGCAACACAUCCCAGCUGCGGGAGGAGUUUCAGACCCUGAACUCAGUGACCCCUCAUCCAGACGUAGAAGAAUGCAGCAUCGCCCUUCUGCCCAGGAACCGUGAGAAGAACCGCAGCAUGGACGUCCUGCCGCCCGACUGUGCCCUGGCCUUCCUGGUCACCACAGACGGAGAGAGCAACAACUACAUCAACGCGGCCCUGGCAGACAGCUACCACCGGCCAGCCGCCUUUGUGGUCACGCCCCACCCACUCCCAACCACCACGGCCGACUUCUGGAGGCUGGUGUUUGACUACGGCUGCACCUCUGUGGUCAUGCUCAACCAGCUUAACCAGUCCAACUCCGCCUGGCCGUGUCUACAGUACUGGCCAGAACCAGGACUGCAGCAGUACGGGCCCAUGCAGGUGGAGUUCCUAUCCAGGUCGGCCGAUGAUGAUGUCAUCACCCGCCUGUUUCGGGUCAAGAACCUCACACGACCUCAGGAGGGACAGCUGGCCGUGCGCCAGUUCCAGUUCCUGCGCUGGUCGGCCUACCGUGACGUUCCUGACUCCAGAAAGGCCUUCCUCGGCCUGCUGGCCCAUGUACAGACGUGGCAGAGGGAGAGCGGGGAAGGACGCACUGUUGUCCACUGCCUUAAUGGAGGCGGUCGCAGCGGCACUUUCUGUGCCUGCUUCAUGCUGCUGGAGAUGAUGCGGCACCAGAAAAUGGUUGACGUCUUCUAUGCUGUGAAGACUCUGCGCAACUCCAAACCCAACAUGGUGGAGUCCCUGGAGCAGUAUCGGUUCUGCUAUGAUUUGGCCUUGGAGUACCUGGAUAGCAUUGAGGGGAGAUAGCACCAGGCCUAUCGAUCCACAUCGGCUAAGACAGAACUCUGUGUCCAGUCAUUUGGCUUCUCGCUUCUGUGCAUUUUCUUUGUCUGGAUCAAUGGAUUUCCCUGCCGUCUAAGGCUGUGAAGAAGAAGAAAAAAAAAACAAACAAACAAAACAAGGGGAAUUUUGCAGGGGCAAAAUAUGCAUACCUUUAAACUUUAAUGUGCAACCAUUGCUGUAUUUUUGGAUCUGUAUAUGUGUGUGUUUUUUAUGACCUUGGCUGUUUUGUGCUGUGUUCUUCCCCACGCCUGGGGGUGCAAAUGGAAAAAAAAAAAGACCCCCCUGAGAGUCCCCUGAGAGGUGUUUUUCUGGACUGCGCCGAUGUUCAGUCCGCUCCUUACUGCCUCACCAACAGAACGCACUGAGAAGGACACCACCAUGUGGAAACCGCAGCACAGGAAGAAAGCUGCCCGUUGGUGUCAUUGCCGUACCGAAGCCCACCGGAACCUAAUUUAAGGAGUUGAACAGAGUGACUCUUGCCAUAAAUUCUUAUUUUUUUUGCCUUCCCACUGUGGCCCUGCAGAUGUCGUUGUCAUAAGGGAGCGUUUCUCGUCUGGUUUCGUGCCCGCAGAUACGCAGAACCUCCCGUGUGUUUUACCUAAGCUCCCGCCUCUCUGUUGCUCUGUGCUCCCUUAAUUUCUGUACAUAGGCCUUCCGCAGGUGUUCCUAGGUGUUGUUGUCUUGCGCUGCCAGCCCGUCCUCUUUUCACACGUGGAUUGUGUGUGAAGGCGGAACCUGUCUGUACAGGUGAAGAGUGUAACGGCACGG